UCUGUUUAAUCAAAGGGAUGAUGAUUAGGUAGGCAAACCCGUCACAAUUAUUUCUUUACUUUAACUAUGGAUCUUCCACUUGUAUCUAACCACAUAUCUCUUGAAAACCUGACCCCCCACAAUCGCAGCAACCGGCUUCGUAUAAAUUACCCUUUUCUCUCUAUUUUUCUGCCACUGCAGAACUAUAGCCUCUAAGCCAUGGAUUCUAGACCCUAAAUAGAGAGAAUCGGGUAAGGCCUCAACUUUGCUUUUGGUGUUUUCAUAUCCAGUCCUGUUGGUUUUUCCUUUUUUUGGUUUAUAGAAGAGGCAGCAUGUUUGGACCAUUUUAUUGAGAAGAUGGGGAAUCCUGCAGGAAAAAUCGGUCCCAGAUUUUGCUUAUCUUAGAAACAAAGAAGAUGCUCAUUUUAUGUCUUUUUUCUAGUUGGAAUCUUUACAACAUUAUUGUAGUACUGUAAGCAUAAAGGGACCUCCCCUCCAACACCUUUUGUUUCAAUUGUUCUGCCUUGUUAUCUGCGCCUGUGAAUAUGCAUCGCCGCCUGCUCGAGACGGAAGUGAGCUUGCCGCCGGGAAACGGGAACAAAACCCAUGAUUCUUACAUUAGCGAGACGACUUUCGACACCAACAUGGUGGUUAUAUUGGCAGCUCUUUUAUGUGCUCUAAUCUGUGCUUUGGGCUUGAACUCGAUAGUUCGUUGCGCUCUACGUUGCAGCCGGAGGUUUGCGAUGGAAACCCCAGAGCAAGAAGCCGCUCGGUUGGCAACGACGGGUCUCAAGAAACGAGAUUUGAAACAAAUCCCGGUGGCUGUUUACGGAGAAGGCGUGAGCUUUCCGUCGACCGAGUGCCCCAUUUGCCUGGGAGAGUUCGUCAUUGGAGAAAAAGUCAGAGUGCUGCCAAAAUGUAAACAUGGGUUCCAUGUGAGGUGUAUCGACACAUGGCUGCUAUCACACUCAUCUUGUCCGAAUUGUCGGCACUCGCUGCUUCAACUCAGUGCACCGAAAACCGAGACAUCACAGGGACUCAGUUCCGUACGACAACCAGAUGAUCAUCCAAAUGGCAGCGUUGCUGUGGUUCUUGAAUAGGGGAAGCCAUUAAAUACGAUUUAGAGCUUUACCGUACUUCUUGUAGCUGUUAGAUUCUUUUACGGUGAAGAUAAAACUGUUAAAUUAACAUUUAGAUUUUGGGGAAGUAAUGAAAGAAUGAUU